GGCGGGCACACAGUCACCGGUGAGGGACACACGCAUCCCUUCGGUUUGCUCGAUGGUGCCUCGGCAGAUUCCAUUACAGUGUCUUAAGAUCCAGUACAAGGUGCUUCGGGCUUGAAAAUGGACUCUAUUUCCUUGCUGGGUAGCAGCCCAGCCAGCACCAAAGUCUGCUUCCUACCAUACGGGCUGAAGAACGGGUCCAAAGAGGGAUCCGGCAAGCCCACGGUCAGCAUCAUCGGUUCUGGAGACUUCUCCAAAAGCCUGACCCUCCGGCUGCUCCGCAGUGGGUUUCACGUGGUGGUGGGGAGCCGACAGCCCAAGAGAGCAGCCGAAUCGUUCCCGCACGUGGUAGAUGUGACCCAUCAUGAGGACGCAGUGGGAAAGGCCAACAUCGUGCUACUGGCCAUUCGCCGAGAGCACUAUUCCUCCCUCUGGGACAUCAAGCAUUUGCUGGCUGGAAAAAUACUGGUGGAUGUCAGCAACAACAGAAGGGUCAACCAGUAUCCAGAAUCAAACGCAGAAUACCUAGCCUCCCUAUUCCCAGAAUCCAUUGUUGUCAAAGGCUUCAAUGUGAUCUCGUCCUGGGCCAUGCAGUCAGGCCCCAGAGACUCCAGUCGACAGGUCUAUAUUUGCAGUAAUUCAGUGGACGCUCGACAGCAGCUCAUUGAAUUGGCCCGUCAGCUCAGUUUCAUCCCUGUGGACAUGGGCGCCCUCUCUUCUGCCAAAGAGAUCGAGAAUAUGCCACUGCAUCUCUUCACCGCCUGGAAAGGACCUGUUCUGACCACGGUCGCCUUGUCCAUCUUCUUUUUCGCUUACUCCUUUGUGCGGGACAUCAUCCAUCCUUAUAUAAAGAGCAGACAGAGUUUUUUCUACAAGAUUCCUCUGGAAAUAGCGAACAGGACGCUGCCUUUAGUGGCCAUAGUUCUGCUAGCACUGGUGUAUUUAGCAGGACAGCUUGCUGCUGCGUACCAGCUCAUCUACGGGACGAAGUACCGCCGUUUCCCGCCCUGGCUGGAGGGCUGGCUGGAGAGCCGCAAACAGCUUGGUUUGUUGAGUUUCUUCUUUGGCUGCAUUCACGUGCUGUACAGCGUCUGCCUGCCCAUGAGACGCUCAGAGAGAUACCUGAUGCUCAACAUGGCCUAUCAGCAGGUGCAUGCCAACAUAGAGAACUCGUGGAAUGAAGAGGAAGUUUGGAGAGUGGAGAUGUACCUUUCCUUUGGCAUCAUGGGUUUGGGGCUCCUCUCUCUAUUAGCUGUCACUUUCAUUCCAUCGGUACACAGCGCACUCAACUGGCGAGAGUUUAGCUUUAUCCAGUCCACUCUAGGUUACAUCGCCCUGCUCAUUUCCACGUUCCACGCUCUGCUCUUUGGCUGGCAGCGGGCGUUUCUGGAGGAGUCUUAUCGCUUCUACAUGCCGCCCAAUUUCGUCCUGGCCCUGGUUCUGCCUGUCACGGUGAUAAUAGGAAAAGUGGUGUUGCUGCUUCCCUGUGUGAGCCGGAAGCUGAAGCGGAUCAGGUGUGGAUUAGACUCCAGUCAGAGCCGCACCAACCACGAGAGACCCGCUGCCCAUGUUUCACCCGAGAGGGUCACCAUCAUGUAACUCCACCGCAGUUUUUAAUGUCACAGUGACAAACUCUCAGCCUUUUGUUUCUAGAUGUAUUAAUCAUACACAUAAUACCUGGCCAGCAUACAGCCCGUCUAUAAGUUGACAUUUCAGCUGCUUUAUUGGACUCAAAGAUUUAUUUGUAGUUAUAUAAUUCGGUUCCAGUCCUGUUUUCUUUAAUUAAUAGGAGUUUUGUUAGAACUGCAAUGGUCAUGUGACCUCAUUGACCCACUCAAAGGAGGAUGUCAUGUGAGUGGAUGAAUGUUCAAGAGCCUUAUUGUACACCAAAUCUUAUUUAUGCACACUCUACUGUUCAAACAUUUUGAGUCCAUAUGAUGUUUUAAUAUUUUUUUAUGUUUUAGUGCUCAC